AUGAUUUACUCCCAAGGCUUUAACUUCAACUCGUACGUUGAAAAAGGCGUCGAUCCGCGCACCGGCCAAUAUAACUGCACAAUCUCUCUCUAUGAGGUGCCGGCAGAGGUCCGCAAUGGCCCACCGCUGAAGCUUGCCCUCCAGUAUCAUUCCUUGAACAGCGACGAUGUCGGCCUGGGUAAGGGCUGGUCCUUCGGGAACCUCUCAUCCUACGACCAGUCAUCCAAGACGCUGGUUCUAUCUACCGGAGAGAAUUAUAAAGUCCAGGAAACCACCAGCUCGGUUUUUAUAACGGACCAGAAGCUCAAGAACUUCGUGUUCCAGAAGACAAGCACCACGACCUACCGCGUGAUCCUCAAGUCAGGCCAGGUCGAGGAGCUGUCCACCUUCAACCGGGGCAGUGUCGGUGUGCCUACCGAGAUAUAUGCUGCCAACGGCCGCUCGCUGAAGCUCUCGUGGGUGUUUUCGGGUACCCAGCCUCGACUGAGCAAAAUCGAAGCCGACGAGCAGAGCCUGGUCGAGGUCGACUACUCCCUGAGCUCGCAGACAACCAUCACGCGGGCCCCGGGGACCACCGAGGCCGCGAUCUUCACGCUGAAGAAGCUGAAUGACCGACUGUCAGAGCUCAUUUUGCCGCUGAAUGGCUCUGCGGCCUGGAAGUUCAUCUAUGGGACAACGGGCGAGCUGACCGAGCUCACCAGCCCAACAGGAGCGAAGGAGACCAUCUCCUACGAUCUUCAAGGCCUUAAGCUACCUAGUGGCGCGUCGGUCACUUCUAUUCCCUGUGUCAUCGCUCACACGGCAUGGCCAUUCCAUGAUCAGCCGGCUAUAAGAACAACCUACAGCUACUCGGCUCAUAACUUUCUCGGAUAUGGGGGAGGGCGGACGUGGACCAACGACGGAGACAAUCUCUACCUAACCCCGGCCGACUAUACCUACACGUCCACCCUGCAUGUCGAGGGGGGCACCACUACCAUUCAUACCUACAAUAAAUUCCAUCUGCUAACCAGAAAGGUACAGCAGAAGAAUUACAAGAAACUCACCCAGGCCACCACUUACUACGCUCUGAGCAACACGGCCUUUGACAGUCAGCCAGCCCAGUAUCAGUUGCCCAUGAGCCAGGCCACCACCUACGAGGACACCUCCACCAAAGUUUCGCGCACCGAGAGGACCGAGUUCACCUUUGACGAAUGGGGCAACGAGACCAGUGAAACCCUCCCGAGCGGCAUCACUACCACCCGCGAGUACUACGUCCCCGCCGGCGAGACGGCGUCGGACCAGGACCUCUGCCCGGCCGAUCCGCAUGGAUUCCAACGCUAUCUUAAGCUGGAGACUGUCAUACCCGGUGCCAGCGCCUAUUCAACUCCCACCAGGGCCCACCGCUAUACCUAUCUCAAGCUCUCCACGGCCACCGGCGCCCUGGCCACCUAUUUCGUGGCCGCCCAACAACGCGUGACGAGCGAAAAUGACCAGACGCUCGUGACCUCGGAUUAUACCUACCUGAACCAGCCGCAGUCAAGUGAUCAUGGCCGACGACAGCAGCAAGUCACCUACUUGCACAACCAAAGUCCGACAACGUAUCAAUGGACGUACAGCCAUGGGGGCGUGGCGGCGUUGACCGAGGUCACCACCAUGACCAGUUUUGAUGGCCAGACUGCCCAGACUGAAAUCACCUCCUCUCUCCUGUCCGGCCUGACUCUCGCCACCAAGGACAGCGCCGGCAUCACAACCACCCAGGAGUAUGACGCCGUAGGUCGACUCCUCCGGACCACUACGGCCCCCGGCACGAGCUUCGAGGCCACGAAGACGCACGCAUAUGCCAUCCUGACGGACACCAUCGGGUGGCGCGUCACGGUGACCGACACGAAGGGGGUGCAGACGCAGUAUUUCACCGAUGGCAUGGACCGUGUGGUCCGGAUUGAGUGUCAAGACGACGAUGGCAGCUGGGACCAAUACCAGACCUACACCGGGACGUUCCGCGUUGUCAGGGAGCGCCGUUACAACGCUCUCAAUCAAUGCAUCGAAGAGGUGGACGUCGACUGGCUGCGCGCCAGCGGAACGCCCACGGAACUGCGGACGUCGCGCUCCCUGGCGUACGAUGACUGGGGCCAGGUCUACAAGGUCACCAAGAACAGCGGCGCGGUGCAACUCUCCGAGACUGACCCCAUCGCCUUGACCCAGAUGGUGGGCAAUGAGGGCGAAGGCCAGAUACAAAUCCAAUACAACGUGUUUCAAACCCCGAUCUCGGAGACGCUGGUCCGGCUUGACGGCAAGCCCGAGAGUACCAUCACCUAUGCCUACGAUGGCCUGGGCCGCCGCCGACAGGUGACGGAUGGCUUAGGCCAGGUCACGCAGUAUAGCUACGAUAGCUUUGACCGCGUGGUCCAGACUACCUGGCCUGAUGGCCACGCCAUCAUCACCGAGUACGCGACCCAGAGUGCCGCGCCCCUGCCCACGGCCAUAAAUCUCCAGGGCGCCGAGGGCUUCAGUACACAGUCUUUCGAUGGCUUGGAGCGGCCGCUCAGCACUACCGUCGGAGGGCGCACCACCACCAAUACCUAUCAAGGCGUCAUCCCCCUUCCCGCCCAGAUCAUUAACCCCGAAGGGCGCUCCGAACGCACGUAUGAGCCGGCGUUGGGUUAUGCACUAACGGGUCGGGUCACCAGCGACGGCUCCAAUGCCUACCAGUAUGACCAGCAAACCGGCGAUGUCUUACAGAUGACGGGGUCUCUUGCUGCGACCAGCCUUAGUUAUUACCCGUCCAGUUUAUUAUCCCAGGAGACCGUCCAUACCACCGCGGGGGCCAGGGACCUGCAGUACGUGUACUCGCAAGCGGGCAAGCUGCAAGAAUACACAGAUAUUCACGGGAUGCAGCAUACCAUCCAAUACGAUGUGUAUGGCCGCCGGCAACAGAUCAGUGUGGGCACGCUCAAGACCACGCUGAGCUAUGAUCAGGCCGACCGGGUCACCAGGACGGUGGUCCAGGAUAGUAGCAAGAACGUGACCCUGACGACCGUCAUCGGGUACGACGAGUUCGGCCGGGAAGUCCAGCGGACUGUCUCCAAGGGGACGACGCUAGUGUCUCAUUCCACCCAGUCCUACGGGGUCACGGGGCUGGUGGCCACGCGCAGUCGACGCAAUGGGAGUAAUACGGUGACACGGCAGGAGACGUUUGAGUAUGACAGUUUAAGUCGGCUGGUGGACUACCAGUGCCAGGGUACCCAACCCCCGGUGGACGAGCAAGGCCGCGCCCUUCGCCGCCAGCGCUUCACGUUCAACAACUACGACGGCUUGACUCAGAUCCAGACCACGUUUGUGGACGGCAGCGUGAACACGCAGGCCUAUACGUACAGUACCCAAGACCCGACGCAGCUGGUCCGGAUCACCGAUUCGGACGCGACGGCGGGGGAUAUCACGCUGGAGUACGAUAAUAACGGCUGUCUGACACGAGAUGAGCAUGGCCGGAAGCUGGUGUACAAUGCAUCGCGUCUCCUGGCUGCGGUCUUCGAUAGCCAGGACCAGCUCCUCUGCGAGUACGGCUACGAUGCCACAGACCGCCUCGUCCGGCAGACCAUCCCCAACGAGCCCGACACCCAGUUCUCGUACCGCGGAGACACCUUGAUCUCCAUCACCAAGGGGGAUUCCCAGACCAGCUUCGCCGCGGAUGGCGGGAUUUACUGGGGUGAAGUCCAGCAGCAGGGCACCACUGCGACCACCCAACUCUGGGCAUCCGACAGCCACCACUCGGUUUCUACCUGGCUGUCUCCAGCGGAUGCGGACCAGGUCUACGACCAAGCAUACACACCAUACGGCGGCAGUGCCGUCGGGGCGACCAUUGGCUUCAACGGACAAUGGCGCGACCCAGUCACCGGAUGGUACCAUCUGGGGGCCGGCUAUCGAGUAUACAACCCGAACCUGAAGAUCUUCCUCCAGCCGGAUGGAUGGAGCCCCUUUACGUCGGGCGAAAUAAACCCAUACGCCUACUGCUUGGGAGAUCCCAUCAAUCGCGCGGAUCCAAGUGGCCAUCUGAGUUGGCGAAGCUUCGCUCAGAUGAUGGUUGGCUUGGUUGUGAGCGUGGGACUGGGGGUGUUCACCGGGGGACUGGGGUGGUUCACUGGGGGAGUCGCAUUUGUUGCCAACGUAGCAAUCGGGGCUGCUGUCAGUGCAGGCACCGGCCUCACCUAUGACCGUCUGACCGGCAAGCCUUUCUCGUGGAAAAACGUGGGCCUCGAUGCUUUCAACGGAGCAGUUGGUGGCGCCCUUGGCUAUGGCCUGGGUGUUGGUUUCAAUGCUCCGACGCCCGAUACGGUCAUGGGCAAGAUAGUGUUGGCUAUCCAGGAAGAGGUAAUCGGAGGUGUGCUCGCCUACCCUGUUGAUCUUUUCCUCGGCUGGGCGGAGGGCGCCAUCUUUAGCGAGAAUUCCCAGGCAUCCGAUCCCCUCGCCACGAGCGCCAGCUACCUGGCCGAUUGGCCUAUGGAGAAGCUUCGCCAGCAGAGAGGAAGCAUGAUUCUGACCUCCGCGCCAACCACGCAAGGUGGCCUCCGACAGCUUCCCGGGCGUGACGGGACAGGUUCGACUAGUUCCGAGGCCCUGUCAGCCCGAACCACUUCUCGCGAAACGGUCACGGCUGAGGAUGUCAGUUUGAAUGCCCUGGCCGGGGAAAGCUAUGAUGGUUCGCAGUUACUUCUCCAGCUGAGCCCGGAUCACCGAGUUUGCUUCACCAUUAAUGCUCAGGCGGUGCAUGUGCCCGCCUGGGAUGUCACGGCAUCUUCGGACUUCUACCGCAGCAGACCCUAA